GCAGCAUCCAGAGAUACAAAGAAGACGGCGACAAUGGCCGAUAUAUCACUGUAUCUCACCAACGUUAAUGUGUCGAUAGGACAGAGCAUGGACGUGGAGCAGAGCAGGAACCCGGGCAGAGACUUUGAGAGUGUGGAGCUGGGGGAGCUGGACAAGAGAGAGGAGCAGCAGCAGAGGGAGAAGGUGCCUCGCAGGAUCAUCCAUUUCUCCAGCGGGGAGACCAUGGAGGAGUACAGCACCGAUGAGGAGGAGGGAGAGGACAAGGAGCCAGAGAGGAAAGACCUACUGUCCUCCCCGGUCGAUGCGGUGAGGUCCAAGUUGACCUGGGGUCCAUACUUCUGGUUCCACAUGUGGAGAGCUGCCACAUCCACCAUCUCAGCCUGUGACUACCUGGGGGAGAGGAUGGCCUCCCUCUUUGGGAUAACAUCAGCCAAAUAUCAGUACGCUAUAGAUGAAUACUACAGGAUGAAGAAAGAGAGGGAGGAAGAGAAAGAGGAAACACGGCUGUCAGAAGAAGCAGAGCGAUCCUUUGACCAGCUGCAGUCUCCUGAAGACGAAGACGAGCCAAUCACCAUGGCAGACCCGCCGGAUGAGGCCGAGGCUCACCGUGAUGUCACAUAUCAGAUCGAGAAUGAAAAUCGGGCAUCUUCAAACACCAUCAGAGUCCCCGCUAUCGUCACGGCAACCUAACUACCCCCAGAAACGGACGUUUGCGCUUUAAUGUCUGUGUGUUUGUUAAAGAAGGAACACUGUCUUGUUUCACCAAGCACCGUUUGGUUUGUGUACGACACGGCUUUAGAUGGGCAGUGCUGCUGUAUUGUGGUUGUUUGGCGAGGACAGUAGUGGUGGAGUUAUUCUGCUGACUGCUAAGUGUCCCUUUGCAACAGUGUAGCAAUUGGUAAAGCAACUGCUGGAUGAUGAAGCUACAUAUUUGGAUUUUGAAUGUAUUCGGCAUGUUUGGACCAAAAGUUCUGCGGACUCUCUAAUACCUCUUUUUGGCAAAGGCAGUUUGAGAGCCGGUGACUAAUCUAACACCAGUUCUUAGCGUUUCAACAGCCAAAGGACCGGCCAGGGGCUGGGGGCGGGAUUAUCGCAACCAACAAAGACUUUAUGACCGCAACUUUUUAAAAACAGAGCUUCUUUAUAUACAGUCUGUGGUUAACAACAACAGUUUUCUACUGGUUAGUUGUUACGUUAUCCAGCAGCCAUUGCAUUAUCAGUUGCUACAGCAGCCUCCCAAAUUUGAACGUCUGCUGUGGAGUGAAGGUUCCAUGUUGCUCCCCUGUGCCUCUGAUCGACCGGACACUGUGCCUAAAUCACCAAUACAGCCAAGUCAGUGACAGAUCUGGACAAAGCAUAUCACUAAAAUAAUUUCAAGUAUUGAAAAGGUAACAUAGCCUUGUUGAUGCAUGUAGAAUAGCUGCUUUUGUCCAGAUCUUGUCAAACUGGUGCAUUCUCAAUACACCUGGCUGCACCAAAGAGCUGGCCGUUUUAACACUCGCUCACAUGUUAAUUUGCUCUCUGUGUUUUUUUUGUAUUAUUGCUUAUUCAGCUUGUAUUGCACUCAAUGUCCGUGUGGAAGCACUGAGCAGAUUCAGCCUUUGUUACCGAAUCAUCUAUCGACCACGGAAAACGGGUUUAGGUGUUCUAUGUUGCUCUGGUUAUCUGCCUUAUCUACUAUGUGCUGAAGCAUAGUGGAUUCGGUGUGUCAGCCUUUGAUAAUGGCAGGGAGCAUUGUUACUCUAAGUCUGUAUAAAGACAUGCAAACUUACAUUUUUAACUGUUUUUAAGUACAGUUUUUUAAUAUUUAUGUAUUUUACUGAACUGACAGCACUUAAUUUAAG